GCCAUGACGCAGCAGCCCCAGGAGGGCUUCGACAGGAGCGUGCGGGAGGCCCAGGCGUGGAUGGAGGCCGUGCAGGAGCGGCUGCAGAUCAACGACAACACCCAGGGUCCCCGGGCCGCCCUGGAGGCCAGGCUCCGGGAGACCGAGAAAAUAUGCCAGCUGGAGCCCGAGGGGCGAGUCAAGGUGGACCUGGUGCUGCGGGCGGCCGAGGCUCUCUUGCUCAGCUGCCACGACCUCCAGAAGCCCGAGAUCCUGGCCCAGCUGAAGGACAUCAAGGCCCAGUGGGAGGAGACGGUCACCUACAUGACGCAUUGCCACAGCCGCAUCGAGUGGGUGUGGCUGCACUGGAGCGAGUACCUGCUGGCCCGAGAUGAGUUCUGCCGCUGGUUCCAGAAGAUGCUGGUGCUGCUGGAGCCCCCUGUGGAGCUGCAGCUGGGCCUGAAGGAGAAGCAAUGGCAGCUGAGCCACGCCCAGGUGCUGCUGCAGCACGUGCACAGCCAGGCGGUGCUCCUGGACCGGCUGCUGGAGGAGGCGGGCUCCCUCUUCAACAGGACCGGGGACCCCAGCGUGGACGAGGACGCCCAGAAGAGGAUGAAGGCCGAGUACCACGCGGUGAAGACCAAGGCCCAGGAUAGGGUGACCCUGCUGGAGCAGGUGACCCGGGAACAUGAGCACUUCCAGGCGGGCGUGGAUGACUUCCAGCUGUGGCUGAAGGCGGUGGCGGACAAGGUGAACGGCUGCGUGGGGCGGAAGUGCUCGCUGACCGCGGAGCACCGUCUCUCUGCACUGCAGGACAUGGCCAAAGACUUCACCAGGUCUGAGGACUCUCUGAAGCAGCUGGAGGAGCAGGCUGCAGGGGUGAUCCAGAACACCUCUCCUUUGGGUGCAGAGAAGAUCACCGUAGACCUGGAGGAGAUGCGGAACAUGCUGGAGAAGCUGCGCGGCCUCUGGAAAGAGGAGCAGGAGCAGCUGCGGGGCCUGUCCACAUCUGAGGGGGCCCGUGAGCUGCAGGUCAGGCAGCUGGAGGCUGAGCUGGGGCAGUUCAGGAAGGACCUGCAGAAGCUGGCUGAGGAGGGCCUGGAGCCGACAGCCAAGGCCGCCACCGAGGACCAGCUGGUGUGGAGGUGGGUUUCCUUAGAGAACCGGGCUGCGCUGGCCGCUGAGGAGCCCCGGGUGGACCGGCUGCAGGCCCAGCUGAAGGAGCUCAUGGUCUUCCCCAACGACCUGCAGCUGCUCUCCGACAGCCUCGUGGCAGCCAUCCAGGAGUACCAGAGCAUGAAGAGUAAGAGCACCAGGCUCCGCAGCGGCGCGGAGGUGGAGCUGUGGCAGCGCCUCCAGCGGCCGCUGCAGGACCUGCAGCUGUGGAGGGCCCUGGCCCAGAGGCUCCUGGAUGUGACCGCCAGCCUGCCGGACCUGCCCUCCAUCCACACCUUCCUGCCCCAGCUUGAGGCGGCCCUGGCGGAGAGCUCCCGCCUCAAGGAGCAGCUGACGAUGCUGCAGCUGAAGAGAGACCUGCUGGACAGCGUCUUCGGCUCCGAGAGGGCCACGGGCCUGCUGGAGCAGGUGGUGAGCUCCGUGAGGGACCGAGACCUGCUGCACAACAGCCUUCUGCAGAGGAAGAGCAAACUGCAGAGUUUGCUUGCUCAGCACAAAGAUUUUGGGGCAGCUUUCGAGCCCCUGCAGAGGAAGCUCUCGGACCUCCAAAUCCGGGUCCAAGCCGAGGAUGGGUUUCAGCGGGACCUUCCUGAGAAACAGGCCCAGCUUUCAAGACUACAGGGCCUGCAGGAAGAGGCGCUGGACUUGGGGACGCAGGUGGAGGCUGCAAGGCCCCUCAUCCAGGGGAACCUGAACCAGCAGCACAAGAUGGACCAGCUUUGUGCUGACUGCCAGGACCUGCAGAGGACACUGGAGGACCUGCUGGAAGCAUGCAGACAGCGUGUGUGGGAGCACUGCGCCUUCAGCCACAAGCUGCUGGAGCUGCGACAGUGGAUGGCCGCGGUCACUCAGAAACUGGAGUCAUUCCGGGGGGACGCAGGCCCUUGGGAUGCCGAGUCCAGGGAGGCGCAAGUCCAGAGGCUGCUGGAUGAAUUCCCGGAGAAGGAGGCCCAGCUGCCCCUGAUCGAGGCGCAGGGCCGGCUGGUGAUGGAGAAGUCCUCCCGGGAAGGGGCCGCUGCGGUGCAGAUGCAGCUGGGGGAGCUGGCAGAGGCCUGGCGGGCCCUGAAGCUGCUAGAGGAGAGCCUGCUGAGCCUCAUCAGAAACCAGCAGCUGCGAAGGACAGAAGUGGAUUCUGGGAAGAAAAUGGUUUUCACCAACAACAUCCCAAAGGCUGGAUUUCUCAUCGACCCCCGGAACCCCAUUCCCAGGCAUCGCCGCAGGGUGAACCUUCUCCAGGAAGAAGGUGGCAACCCUGAAGAUUUCCCCCUGCUCCUGAGGAACUUUGAAGAAUGGUUGCAGGUGGAAAAUGCCAAGUUGGUUAGAAUCAUCGCCAUGAAAACCGCCACAGCCCAGGACGUGAGGACCAGAGAGAUGAAGCUGCAGGACCUGGAGGCCCGGGUACCAGAAGGUCAGCAGCUCUUUGAGAACCUUCUUCAUCUCGGACCAGCGAGGGGGGCUUCAGAUGAGCUGGAGGACCUGCGGUACCGGUGGAUGCUGUACAAGUCCAAACUCAAGGACUCCAGCCUCCUGAUGACGCAGAGUUCUCCAGGGGAGCCGACUGGAUUCCAGAAGACGCGGCGGCGGGGACGCGGCUCCUGCUUCUGGAAGGUGUGCCGCGUGGCGCUGCCUCUGCAGCUGCUGCUGCUGCUGCUGCUGCUGCUGCUCUUCCUGCUGCCCGCCGGGCGCGAGGGCCGCAGCUGCACCCUGGCCAACACGUUCGCGCGCUCCUUCCGGCUCAUGCUGCGCUACCACGGGCCCCCGCCCACCUAGCCGCGCGCCCGCCCUCGUCGCCAGGGCUCCUGCGAGGACGCCGGGGACACCGGACGCGGGCAGUGUCGGGUCCACGGGACUCCGGACCUGAGAGCUGCAUCAGGGUAACCACUGUCGCCACGUCCCGGGGCGAAAGGACUUUCUACAGCGCUGUGUCGGUCUAUUUAUACCAAAUGUGGACUCUGACGAGGGAAUGAUGUAUAGAACUUGUAUAUGUGCUGUGUAAAUGCUCAGUCUGUAUAGUUUUAUAUGCAACCUCCAUUUUGGGGGGCCCCGAGCAGCAGCUGGUGGUCCCCACGGUCUGCCUUCCGCCCUGGGGAGGAGGCAGAAGCCCAGGGGGGUAGCGAAAGGCCCUGAGUUCCCACCCCAGAGGAGCUGCGCAGGGAUCGUGCAGACCACGUGCGGGUGGGGCAUGGCAGGCGGCGGCGGAAGACGCCGAGCAUCGGAGCGGAAAGGCGCCAGCCCGUGAAGGCAGGCUGGGGCAGGUGACACCCAGGGAGGGCAGGCAGCGGGCAGACCCCGGCCCGCAGAAGCUCAUGAAGGGCCUCGGGGUGCAGAGCCUGCACCCGACUGCUCAGCGCAGACCAUGCCCCCCGCCAAGGCCCCACGAAAGGGAAAGGGCCACACCUGCUGGGGGCCAUGCUGGAGACAGGGAGGUCCCAGGCUGGUGGACGGCUUUCCACAGCCAGCUAAGGAGGCCGCUACCCCUCCCCCGCGCCCUAUGGCUGAGUGUCCACUCCAGCUCGGGACACAAGGGGGCGCCUGCCCUGCCGGGGACCAGGGAGCAAGGACGCGAGACACAGAGCAGCAGUCUGAGGGGCUGCCCUCCAUGUUGGGAAGAGGCUGGCCUCUGUCAGCCUGUCCCACGGGUGCCCCCAUCAGGGACCAGGACCCUGGACUCGCACCCAGGGCUGGGCCAGCGGGGCCUGGCACACAGGGGCUCUGAGGCUGGACACACGUCCCCUCCUCCUGGGGAUACUGAAGGGCCCAAGUGCUUUAUAACUGGAUGCAAAUUUUUUCCUGGAAGGAAAAUGCUUGGUGCCACUCUUUACAAGUCGCGGUGACCCAGCCAGCUUUCUCUCACUGAGAAGCCAAGCCUCUGGCUGGCUUCCCCACCGGCGACAGCUGUGCCCAGGUGCCCCCUGGGUUGUCAGCAGGUGAAACCAUUCCCACGUGCCCCCUCCCCAGGCUGGAUGGCUGAGGCCCAGAGAGAGGAACUAACUUCCCCACGACAGCACAGCAAAUGAGCAGGGCCAGAGUUGACUCAGGUCACCACUGCCUGCCGGGGACGCCCUGCCCAGUACUGGGAUAUCAGUAGCUGCAGAAAGAAGAGCAGGCCGCCCGCUGUCAGGUGUGCUACCUGCUGCAGGUGUGUUACCUGUGGGGAAGGGAACAGCUGCCCUGUGCGGCCUGGGGAAGCGGGGGUGUCUCUAUGUUUUCUAAACUUUGAUAAUAAUGCCAUAGAAUCUGCUUGUUUGCAUAACCUUUUUUAAAAAGAGAAUUGAUAUUUUCAUUACUUUCAUAUAAAUACAGUUGUAAUAUAUAACAAGUUA